GUUCUAAGGAUUUUUGGUGAAUGUUUGUUUUUAGUGACGUUAAAGAUUGAUAGUUUGCGACAAUUAUUAUGAACAUUUUUAUGCCGGACAGCCUUCAAGAGCUAUUUUUAUGUGAUAUUUGUUUAAAAAUGGUUGAAUCUUGCAGUGCGGUGAAUUGUUGCAAUAGACGCAGAAAAGAUGUGAAAAUGAAGUUUCACAGGUCGGUUUUAAUCAUCUCAUUCAUUUUGGUGUGAGAAUUACCUGUUAAUUGGUAAUUCGAGGAAAUAACCGGAUUUGUAGGAUACCUAGAGAUCCUAACAUGAGGAAGUUAUGGUUACAUGCUAUAAGAAGAGAAAACUUCACUGCCAGUACAACAACGGUAAUUUGUGAAAAGCAUUUCACUCUAGAGGAUUAUGAAGUUAGUGUUCAUGGAAAUAAGGUACUAAAAAAGGUGGCAGUUCCAUCUGUGUUUGAUUUUCCAGCCCAUCUCAAGAAAGAACCUAGCCAUCGAAGGGUUUUGAAAAGAAAACAUGAAGAAUCCAACUCAAAAGCAACAGAACACACUUUGGCUAUUGCUGAAGUAGUAGAAGAACCUGAAAAUGGAAAUAUAUUGGCGGCAGCUGGUCCUUCAAACUUAACACAAAAACUAGGGUUUUUAGAAUCAAGUGAACGUUCAAACAUAUGCAAUUUAAGGGUCAGAAGAUCACCAGUAUACUUUGGGGAUUUCGAAAUUUCUGAUUUAAAUAAUGUGCAGCAUCGGAAGAGAUUUUGGAAAACUGUUCAUAAGUACAAAAAAAUUAACAAGUACAAUCAGUGUAAAAUUCGUAGACAAAGAAAUAAAAUAAAAAGUCUAAAUAGUCUGGUAGAUGAACUACUUAAGGAGAAGAGAAUAUCUGCAGCUCAGUCAAUAGUAUUGAAGGAAAGUCUCCCAGAAACCCAAAAGCAACUGCUUUUCAGGCAGUUGAAAAAAGGAAAAUCUAACAAGUAUAGCCCAGAAUUAAGGUGUUUUGCACUAACAUUGAAUUUUUAUUCAUCAUCAGCAUACAACUAUGUUAGAAAAAUAUUUGGAAAAAAUGUUCUACCACAUCCACACACACUUUCAAAAUGGUAUAGUGUUUUAGAUCGUACACCUGGAUAUAGUGCAGAAGCACUUCGUGCUAUCAAAAUUAAGGUGGAUGUUGAUAAACAAAAGGGAAAACAGCUUGUUGGUGCCUUGAUGAUGGAAGAAAUGUAUAUUCGUCAGCAUGUACAUUGGACAGGAAGUAGAUUAGUAGGCUACAUAAAUAUUGGUGUUGCAAUGCAAAGCAGUGAGGAGAUCCCAAAGACUAAAAAAGCUUUAGUUUUCAUGGUUGUUUGUAUUAACAGUAGAUGGAAAGUUCCAAUAGCAUAUUUUCUAGUAGAAUCUUCAUCAGCUGAAGAAAAGGCUACCUUUGUGAGGGGCUGUUUACUGCAAUUAGAAAGCACUGGAAUGUUAAUUAAGAGUUUGACUUUUGAUGGUGAUGCAUACAAUAUCCUUAUGGCCAAUUUAUUAGGUGCAAAUUUGACUUUUCCAGGUACUAAGCCUUUUUUCAUAAACUCUCUCAAUAAUGAGAAAAUACAUAUAAUAUUAGAUGCUUGUCACAUGAUUAAAUUGGUGCGCAAUACUUUAGGUGACUAUGGUGUUUUAAAAGAUGGUGGAGGGAAAGAUAUUAGGUGGGAAUAUUUCAAACGGCUUGUCAACUUGCAAGAGGAUACAGGUCUACAAUGCGCCACCAAGCUGAGGAGGAGAUACUUGAACUACUACAAAGAAAAAAUGAGAGUAAAGUUAGCAGUAUAAACAUUUAGUUCAAGUGUGAGUGAUGCCUUAGAGUAUUGUGUAAAAGAUUUAAAUAUACGUUCUUUUCAAUAUGCAGAAGCCACUGCAACAUAUUGCAGAAAUAUAAAUGAUAUAUUUGAUCUGUUAAAUGUAAGAAACUUUUUUGGCUCCACCCAGUUUUGUAUAGGGGUAAUGAGGAAUUUCUAACAAGUUUUGUAAAUAGUUCUAUUAGAUAUUUAAGCACACUAACAACCUAUGAAGGUGUUAAUAUAUUGGAAACCAGUAGGAAAACAGGUUUUUUGGGCUUGAUAAUUUGUUUAGUUAGUGUGAAAAACUUAUUCGAGGAUUUGGUGAAAGGUGAAGUAUUAAAUUUUUUAUUGACCUAUAGCCAGGAUCAUUUGGAAAUGUUUUUUGCAGCAAGACGCAGUAGAGGAGGAUUUUCAAAUAAUCCAACAGCUUGGCAUUUUGAACAAGCGUAUAAGAGGUUAUUAAUUCACAGCGAAAUCGCUUCGUCUGAAAGUGCAAAUUGCCUUGCUAUGGAUCAUACAUCUAUUUUAAAUGUCUUCUCCAGAAAAAUGAAAAACCCUUGCUUUGAUCUUUUGUACGAAUUUGAGGAAGAUUUUUCCCCUGAUUUGCAGGAGCAGUAUAUUGUCAAUCACCACAAAAUUUUAAAUUGUGUAUAUAUUUGUGAUGUAGUUCAAUAUAUAGCAGGUUUUGUUAGCAAAAAAAUUGUUCAAACCUUGAAUUGUAAUGAAUGUGCCGAUCAUUGACAACAUCUGAUUCUGAUUGCAUGCUGCUGAAUCGGAAAAAUAGAGGAGGUUUAAUCAAGCCUACAAAAAUGUUGUAAAAAUUUGUAUGGUUGCAGAAGGUAUAAUAAAAACAGAAACAAAAUUUUCUCAUCCUAAUAUAAUGUUAAGAUUGGUCUCUGCUGCAAUAAGAAAUUUAAAUUUGAACGAGGUAUUUUUAUGUUUAUCUAAGCACUCUCUAGAGCAAGACCCACUUGAUGGACAUAUCAUUCAAUUGGUCAGACUUAUCAUGAAAAAUUAUUUCACUAUUCGGCUUCACCACAUAAAUUUCACAAAAAAUCAAAUGACAGACAGACAACAAAGGUUAACAAAAACGAUUCAUUUUAAAAAUCAGUAAAUCGGCAAUUUUUAAAUUAGGUAUAGAGGAUACCAAAUAAAACCCGAUGCACGUCAUCGAUGUGGAGCUGUGCGCUGUUGCCAGAAUUUGCACAUUUUCUUUUAAGCAAAUAAAUUUAAUAAAAUAAAUUGUUUAUAUAUACCUACCAUUUACUAUAAUACCAUUAUAUUAAAAAUAAAUAAACUUGUUGUAAAAUUAAAUUCAUUUCUGAAUAAAAACACCUGAUUUGGUAGAUAUUCAAAAACACAAAAUAUUUAAAGAACAUAAAUUGUUUUCUCGUAUUUUAAUUAAUUUGAUUAUUUAUUUAUGAUAUGGGAACUACAACACUUUUUCAAUUCACAUCAAAUAGAAGAAAGAACUCGGGUGAUGCGAUGUUACACAAUACCGGCAACUAGCGGCAAGGAGUACUCUUUAUCGAGCCUGAUAUUAACCGCAUGGUAUGGUUCAGUUGUAUAUCAAUUCCGGAGUUUGAUUACAUUAUACAGAAUAUAUUUUGAUGUUUUAACUAUUCUGAAUCACUGGAAUCAGAGUCAUCGUUAACAUGGAUAAUAAGGGGAAGAAUUUCCUGUCUAUCCAUUACUUGUUCCCUUCUAUACCAUUUCAUAAUUAUCUCCUCUGUAUGUCUAAUGGAGUUCUUCCACAUAUCAGGGGUAAUAGUUUGGAGUGCCUCUUGCCACAUUUUUAGGCAGUCAUUUUCAGUGUGGCCAUCUCUUCCAAUAUGCCGAUUAUAGUAAUCUUU